AUGGCGACUCUCCCAAUCGAUUCACGAGAGUUGGCACUUUUGCAGGACGGGACCGUGGGUGACGGCAGCAGCAGCGUUGUUGCCCACAGGGAUGCAUCGUGGGUCUCUGGAGCUCCAAUGGCUUUUAUGUCCAGGUUCUCCAGAAGCAGCUCCAGGUCACCCAGCCGGGGGUCUCAGGAAGACGCCAGCAACCACCCCAUCCUCAGUGUCUUUGAGCUGGAGAGGCUGCUGUACACGGGGAAGACGGCCUGUAACCAUGCAGAUGAGGUCUGGCCAGGACUCUACUUGGGAGACCAAGAUAUAGCAGCCAAUCGGCGUGAGCUGGCCCGCCUGCGCAUCACCCACAUCCUCAAUGCCUCGCACAGCAAGUGGAGAGGGGGUGCUGAGUACUAUGAGGGCACCGGCAUCCGCUACCUUGGCAUCGAGGCCCACGACUCGCCCAGCUUCGACAUGAGUCCCUACUUCCACCCCUCAGCUGACUUCAUCCACCAGGCGCUGAGCGAGGGAGGAGGAAGGAUCCUCGUCCACUGUGCUGUCGGGGUGAGCCGCUCGGCCACCUUGGUCCUCGCCUACCUCAUGAUCCGCCACCGUAUGACCCUGGUGGAAGCCAUAAAGACUGUCAAGGACCACCGCGGCAUCAUCCCCAACCGGGGCUUCCUGCACCAGCUGGUCUCCCUGGAUAACUCCCUGAGGCUGAAGCGGCGAGCAUGA